CCCGCCCCCGUCCCUCAGGCCUUGGUCGGCGAAGCUUUUGUGCCUGUUGGGCGGGCGGGCGGAGGGAGCGAAUCGGUGCCUUUGGGAGCGCGGGCCGCCAUGCCAGGACCCGGGACUCUUGCCCCACGUUCGCCCCUUCCCUCCUCCUGCCGCUGGAAGCUGCACAUCAUUCGUCAGCUGCAGCAGCGGGACCGGAGGCAGAAAGCUCUGUUCUUGGACUUGGUGGAGGCUUAUCACAGACUCUUGGAAAAAUCAGACCUGUUGGCCCAUAUCACAGAAAAGCUGCCACCUGAACCUCCCAGUGAACUUGUUCAUCUCCCUUCAGGGGAGGAGGAGAAAGCAAGGCCAGUGCUGGAUUCUGCCCAGUCACCUGAGGACCUCAGAAGGAAAUGGGAGGAAGAAGUGGAUAAGGUCAAGUUGGUCUGUGGGGAGAUGGCAUACCAAGUGGUAGAGAAGAAUAUGACCCUGAGCUCCCAGGAUGUUAUGCUGGAGGAGCAGCUGGGCAGGCUGUCAGCUCUGGAUGCCAGGGUGCAUGACUUAGAAGAGACACGUCAGUGGCUGGCGGAGCAGGUGGCCAGGCAGCAGGACAGGAUCAUGGAAGGGAAGGAGGCCUAUGACACACUGUGGGCCCAUACCGGCCACCAGGAAGGGGCCUUGAGACAGCUGGAGGAGGAAGGCCGUGAGCUAGUGGAAAGGCUGAUCCAAGUCAAGAUGCAAGCAGCUGAGGACCAGAAUUACUGCAAUGAGCGGAUUGAGAGGGUCAAGCAAGCCAGGCUUUCCAAGGAGCUGAAGAAGGCCAUGAGGAGGACAGUUAACAUCUCUGAGACCCUGGACCCUCCAAACAUUGUGGAGGCCCCUGCCCAUAAGGAGGAGCUCUUGGAGGUAGAAACUUGUGAGAAACGAUGGAAACGACCCUUUAGGUCGGCCUCCGCCACGUCCAUGACCCUGGCACGCUGUAUGGAUGUGAUGAAGGGGCUAUUGGAUUUUAGGAAGAGAAGGGGUCAUUCUGUGAGUGGGACCCCUGAGGCCCGAUAUACAAGUAUUCCUGUGUGUGGGGUCUCCUGUCUCCCAGCCAGAGCUCAGGAUAUCCAGGAGGCUCACCGUUCUGAGGUUAAUGCCGUCUGCUUCAGUUCCAACAGCAGCCUCCUGGCCACAGGCGGGGCUGAUCGGCUCAUCCGCCUCUGGAAUGUGGUUGGAGGCCGCCUGGAAGCCGAUCAGAUGUUGGAAGGGGCCGGGGGGAGUGUGACGAGCCUGGAGUUUGAACCAUCUGGCUGCUAUUUGCUAGCAGCGACUUACAACAAAGCUGCCCAGCUCUGGAAGGUGGGCGAGAGCCAAUCCAAGGAAACACUGUCUGGACACACAGACAAAGUGACAGCAGCCAAGUUCAAGCUGACCCGGCAGCAGGCAGUGACUGGGAGUCGAGACCGGACUGUGAAAGAGUGGGAUCUCAAUAAAGUGUCCUGCUCGCGAACUAUCGAUGGUGUCUCCUACUGCAACGACGUGGUAUGUGGAGACCAUCUCAUCAUCAGUGGUCACAACGACCAGAAGAUUCGAUUCUGGGACAGCAGGGUGCCCCGGUGCAUACAGGUGAUUCCUGUGGAGGGAAGGGUCACCUCUCUCAGCAUCAGCAGUGACCAGCUGCACCUCCUCAGCUGCUCCCGGGAUGAUGCCCUUAAGGUCAUUGACCUUCGAGCCAACAACAUUCGCCAGGUCUUCAGGGCUGAUGGCUUCAAGUGUGGUUCCGACUGGACCAAAGCCGUGUUCAGCCCAGACAAAAACUUUGCCCUUGCUGGUUCUGCCGAUGGCGGCCUCUACAUCUGGAAUUUGGACAGUGGCAAGCUGGAGACCAGCCUCUAUGGGCCCCAUAGCGUCUCCAUCAAUGCGGUGGCCUGGUGCUGUGCUGGAACACAUGUCGUAAGCGUGGAUCAGGGGAAGAAGGCUGUGCUUUGGAGUUAGUCUGGCCUUGACUGACAGCCCCUGGAGCUGGGAGCCUCCUCCCCAUGGUCCUGGAUGAGGCUCUGGCUGGUUCCAGAGCCCAAGGUGCCAGGGAGGUGCACCAAGGACAAUUGUGGGGAGCUUUGGGUCUGGAGGGAAAGGACUGGGUCCUAUUUUAAGUACUCUGUCUUUGUAAACAUUCAAAGGGAAAGAGGACUCGCAUUUUUUUUGCAUUAAAACUUUUGAUUGAC